GUUUUGAGGUGCUGAACGCAUGCCCCCCAUAGGGCACUAGUUCUGUAGACUAAAACUUGUUUAAAAUCAAGGUCCUUGCACAGCAUGCUCUUAUCAAAAUCACACAGUCUGCCUUCUGGAGUCACCAUGAUCACUCGCAUCGCGUUUUGUAUUCUCCCUGUCUUGAUCAUUUGGAGUCUGGUGGCGAUUGAGGGACUGCCGAGCACAGAGGAUUCCCGGAAGAACCUGCUCCGCCAGGACGACCUGUUGAUCAACUGCUGUCGCAGCCUCAGGAUAACUGAUCCCAGCAACAAUUGCAUGUCCUGUGAGGACCAAUUUAAGGCCAUGGAUCCAGUCACCGAGGACUCGGGCGAUGUGCCCAAAACCCCACUGGGAGUUCCGUGUUCUCUCACUCAUAGAGGAUGCAUUGGAAAACAAAUUGCUUAGGCAGCCGGUAACAAUCAAUCAUGAAUUUAAUUUGGACCAAUACAAUACAAAUAUCAAUAAAUAUUUACUCCAUAAUAAAGCAUAAAGCAAAAAUAAUUAUAU